GCCAUCCAUUGCUGAGCACCUGCCGCAGCCCCCGGACGUCCUGCCUCUAUCGUCCAUCCUGCCGUCUCCCUCCUCGCCGAUUCCACGUCCACUUGACCUCAUCUCGUGCCUCGUGCUGCUGUCCUUUCUCUCCGUCUUCCUCCUGCCUCUUUUCCAGCCACUCCUUACUCCUCCCCAUCAACUUCAAUCAAGCCCACGACUGCGCACCUCGCAAGCACAUCGCCCAUCAUGAGUCCCAACCCCAAGGUGGAGGCUCAGAUCAACCUCCUGAAGACGCCACCCCCGGCCGGCUCCCCCUACGCAGUGCCCCUGCCCAACACGGAGCGCGAGGGCCGCAGUCCCAUCUACCGACACUGGCGAUACCAGGACCAGCCGCUGCUUGAGACUUAUGACCCGGCCAUCCGUACCUUCUACGAAUACUUCCAGGACGCCGUCACCCGCUUCCCCAAGAACAAGUGCCUCGGCGCCCGCACCUGGAACGCGGCCACCCAGAGCUGGGACAACAAGUUUGUCUGGCAGACCUACGCCGAGGUCGAUGCCCGCGCAAAGAACUUUGGCUCUGGCAUCGUAGAGCUCCACCAGCGCCUGGGUGUCCCUCGCAGCAACCACGGCGUCGGCAUCUGGUGCCAGAACCGCCCAGAAUGGCAGAUCACUGACCUCGGCUUGACCUCUCAGUCCCUCUUCAGUGUUUCGCUGUACGAGCAGCUCGGCCCGGACGCCAGCGAAUACAUCCUCAACCACGCCGAGCUGACCGCGUGUGUGACGUCUCUCCCCCAUAUCCCCACCUUGAUUGCUCUGGCUCCCCGUGUGCCUACCCUCAAGGUCAUCAUCUCGCUUGAUCCCCUCGAGGCUGGCGAGCAGAAGGGCCACUCCAAGCUGGACAUCCUGAAUGAGAUCGCCAAGAAGAAUGGCAUCCAGAUCUGGACCAUGGCCGACGUUGAGAAGCUGGGUGCGCAGGUAGCUCACCCUGUCCACCCGCCCAAUCCGGAAGACAUUCUCACCAUCAACUACACCUCGGGCACCACCGGCGACCCCAAGGGCGUCGUCUUGACUCACAGGAACUGUGUUGCCGCCCUUACCAACGCCCAGUCUAGCGGCCAGACUUGUCACAAGGACGUGGCGCUUUCUUAUUUGCCCCUUGCGCAUAUCUACGGCCGUAUGGCUGACCAGACCUGUAUGGUCGUUGGCGGAGCUCUUGGUUUCUUCCACGGUGACAUGCUCGAGCUUUUGGACGAUCUCAAGAUUUUGAGACCGACCGGCCUUCUUUCUGUUCCCAGAUUGUAUAACCGCUUCAAGGCUGGGAUCGAGAUGCAGACUAUCGAGGCGCCCGGGUUCCGGGGCACGCUCUCAAAGCGCGUCAUUGACACCAAGAAGGCCAACAUGAAGCUGCCCCACGGCCAGGCCUACAACACGCACCUUCUCUACGACCGAUUCUGGACGCCCAAGGUCCGCGCUGGUAUGGGCCUCGACAGAUGCCACUCGAUGAUCAGUGGCAGUGCGCAGCUCGACCCUUCAGUCCAGACGUUCCUUCGUGCUGCUCUCGGUAACAGCUUCAUGCAGGGUUAUGGUCUUACCGAAUCCUAUGCUGUGAGCACUUUCCAGUCGCGCGACGAUUUCUCCACAGGAAACAUCGGUGGACCUAUCCCAGGUGUCGAGAUCUGCCUGGAGUCUGUGCCAGACUAUGAGUACUAUGUCACCGAUAAGCCGCGCCCCCGCGGAGAGCUCUUGCUUAGAGGCCCAACCAUGUUCCGCGAAUACUACAAGAACGAGGCCGAGACGAAAAAGGCUCUUGAGGCAGACGGCUGGUUCCACACUGGCGAUAUCGCCGAGAUCGACGAGCUCGGCCGUGUCAAGAUCAUCGACCGCAAGAAGAACGUCCUCAAGCUGUCUCAGGGCGAGUACAUCUCCCCUGAACGCAUCGAGAACGUUUACCUGGGCAGCUCGGGCAUGAUCGCCUCUGCCUAUGUGCACGGCUCUCCCAGUCAAUCGACCCUCGUUGCCGUCUUUGGCGUGGAUCCUGUCACAUUUGCCCCCUGGGCGAGCAAGAUCCUCAAGCAGACCAUCAAGCCCGAGGACAUUGCGGCUAUCAAGGCCGCCGGCAAGGAUCCAAAGGUCGCCAAGGCCUUCAUCAAACACCUCGACGACAUUGGUCGCAAGUCCAAGUUCAACGGCUACGAGAGGGUGCGGGCGGCUUACCUUGACGUUGAGCCUUUCACCAUUGAUAAUGGACUGUUGACCCCGACGUAAGUGCACACAGACAAAUUCGACCUUUUAUCUUGAUCAUAAUCUAACCACUGCGACCAACAGUCUUAAGCUCAAGCGCCCGCAAACCGCCAAGGCGUUCGCGAAGGAGAUCGAUGACAUGUACGAGGAGAUCAAUGCCAAUGCGCCCGUCAAAGCCAUGCUCUAAAAGUGCGCACUGGAUCUUGCGAUUACGUGUCGCUCUUCUGUACCUCUUUAGCUGCGCCUGUACCAUGGAGUUGUUUAGUUUAUAUUGUGUAUAUAUGCAAAUCUCCGGUG